UAUUUUAUUCAGUGGAACAACGUUAGCGUUUACAUUAGCAUGAAGUUAACUAACUGAACCUUGGUUUUUGGCUUUGCUCCGCUGCAGACUUUCCGAUAUAACACGAGUUAGACAAAAAAAAUCGGCACCAGAAAAGCCGCUUCGCAUUUUCCUGUUCCACCUUAAAUGGUGCUGCAGUUACUACUGCACUGUUUAAGGUGGAACGGGAAAAUUCGAACAAGGAGCGGGCGAAUAAGAAGCUGACUUCAGCCUCGUCAUCAGCGCCCACCUUUCGCUGACAUGAACUCGCCCACAUCAGAUUUACUUCAGCAGCAGCAGCAGCAGCAGCUAGCGAACGGGCUAACACACUGAGCCCUUUAGUAACAAGCGGUGGGUCUGCCUCAUUUUCCGUGUAACGGAAUCGUGCAACAGCAUGAACAUGACGGAAAAUCAACGACAGCAGUUUGCUGGAAGGGAUCAGAAGAGGCGCUCCUUUCUAUUAGCUCGGUUGCCUGUAGCUAUAAUAGCGCCCAUAAUCGGUCACUAAUUAAUUAAACCACAAACCUUUCGACACAACAGUGUGUUUUCUGCACGUCUGGCCAGUUAAUUCAACUUAACCUUUCUUUACUACUGUAAUCCUAUCCAGCUUGCGGUUUUGUUUACAAGUACUAACAUUUCUAAUUCUUUGUUUUAGGCUGGGGGGUUAUGUCCGAUAUGUUCGUAAGAUAUGGAGGAGCAAGAGAGAAUUGGGGGAAAAGCCUGUGAAUUUCGGCAAACUGGCUUCAGUGCUGCAGAGAACAGCAAUGUGGACAAAAGCACAAAACCCUCUGAGAGUGUAACAGAAUUGGUGAGGCCAGUCGAUCAGUACAUUAUCAUUAUACCUUUCAGCAUUUUAAAAACUAGUGCAAAUUCACUAGGCAAAAGUAUUGGGACACACCUUUUAAAUGGAUGAGAUCAUUUUCAGCCACACUCAUUGCUAACAGGUGCAUCACAUUAAGCACAGCCUUGGAGUCUUGAUAGACUAACCCUGGCGGUAGAAUGGGUCAUAUUGAUGAGCACAGUGAUCUUGAGCAUGGCACUGUUAUAGGAUGACCGCUCUGUCACGAGUCAGUUUGAAAUUUCUGCGCAGCUAGGAGCACAAAGCUUAACCACAAAGCAGUAGGCCAUGCAAACGAGCGCCCUGUGUCUGUUCUCUGUAGAACCACUUACUGAAGAGUUCAGAAUUGCCUCUUGAAGCAACACCAGCAAAAGCACUGCGUGUUAAGAGCUUCACAAAAUGGUUUUCCAUGGCCAAGCAGCUCUACUCAAGCCUAAGAUCAAAAUGCCAAACAAAGUGGGGGAGUGGUGUGAAGCAUGCCCGCCACUGGAGCAGUGGAAACAUUCUAUUGGAGUGAUGUAUCACACCUCUCUAUCUGGAAGUCUGAUUGACGAGUCUGGGUUUGGCAAAUGCCAGGUGAACGUUACCUGCCUGACUGCAUUGUCCUGACUGUAAAGUUUGGUGGAGUUUUGGUUGAUUAGUUCCAAUAAAGGGACAUUUUGGAAUUGUAACUAUGCUUCUAAAUGUGUAGGAACAGUUUGAGGAAGGCCCUUUUUUGUUCCAGCAUGACUGAGCCACAGUGCACAAAGCAAGAUCCAUAAAGGCAUGGCUGGGUGCAUUUGGUGUGGAAGAACUUGACUGGCCUGCACAGAACCCUGACCUCAACAUCAUCCAACACCUUUGGGAUGAACUAGUACAGACAUUGCGAGCCAAGCCCUCUCAUCCAACAUCAAUGUCUAAUCUCACAAAUGCUCUUUUUUGAUGAAUGGGUGAAUUUCCCAAAGACACACCCCAGCAUCUUGUAGAAGCUUCAUAGAAGUGUGGAUGCUGUUAUAGCUGCACAAGGAGGACCAAUUCCAUGUUAUGUCCUGGGGAUUUAGAAUGGGAUGACAUCAAAGCUCCUGUGGAUGUAAUGUGAGCUGCGUAAAAGCACAGAUACAUGCUUUAAAGAGGAGUCAUCCAUAAUUCCAGUCUCAGAGAAUCCUGCAUCCUUUCAGAGUUCAUCCGCAGGUCCACUCGGAACUAGCAGUGUUGUCAUUUUUGAUCCAAAUGGACUGCCACUUCAGUGUGAACGUAUGUUAUGUUGUUCUCAGGUGAUUGGGCAAUCACAGAAUGGGCAGUUGUAUGUUAUUCCAUCCAGCCAGCUUGGAGCAACACGACUGUUGCUGCCCAGUUGUCAAGUGUUAAAUACAGCAGACUCAAGAGGAACCUGUAUAGCCAAACCCAGUCAAGAAGACAAGCCAAGCCCUGCUGUAACUACUGGUGACGUUAGCACUAGCACUUUAACCACAGUAGCACCUCCAAGCUUCACAGCCAUCAAGACUCAGACAAUAAGUUCUCCAGAUGUUUUUGUGCCUCCAGUGAAGCCUCUGCCAGCAGCUGCACCAAAUUGGGCGAAGAGACUUCGCAGGUGUGAGAAGAUUGGUGACUCGUACCGUGGUUACUGUAACACAGAGGCAGAGCUGGAAGCUGUGCUUCUUCUGCAUAAGCAGCACACUCACUCUGUGUUUGGCACCCGUCAGUCGCCCUCUCCAGCCAAGCCUGCCACUCGCCUUAUGUGGAAGUCUCAGUAUGUGCCCUAUGAUGGCAUUCCCUUUGUAAAUGCAGGAAGUAGAGCUAUUGUGAUGGAAUGUCAAUUUGGACCUAGGAGGAAAGGUGUCCAGCCCAAAAAAGGCACUGUGGAAGAAUCCAAUCAUAAUUUCCCUUACAAAGCUACAUGUCCUGCCAGAAUAUAUAUCAAGAAAGUACGUAAAUUUCCCGAGUAUAAGGUUCCAGUAGACCCCAAAGUGGACAAGAAGGUAGUACGGCAAGAGCAAGAGAAAGCCUUCUUUAACCUAAAGAAGAAACUUUGGGAUACUGGGGGUGUCAUACGGUAUUAUAUUCAGCUUCCUACUCAGAAAGCUCACCUGUAUCAUGAUCUAGACAUUGCAGUCCUACCUGCACCCCCUGAGCAGCCUGGCUUUCCAGAGGAGGACAAUGAGGAUGAGGAAGACGAAGAAGCACAGAGAGAAGAGGAGGAAAAUGGGGAAGAGGAGAAUGCCUGUUCUGUCCCGUCUCGACUGCACCCUCUAGUGGCCGAGAAGAUCUGUGAGCUGAUGGCACAGGGCUGCAACCAGGUCUACGCUAUCCGAAAACAUCUCAGGAGAUUUGUAGAACGUGAGAUGUUCAAGUCAGACGCGGUACCAGAGAGACACAACCUGUGUUACUUCCCCACUGUGAAUGACAUCAAGAACCACAUGCAUGAGGCUCAGAAGAGCCUGCAGCUGCCAGAGGGAACAAUGGCCUCCCUGGGAUCAGAGUGGAAGACAGAGAAUGAGAACAUCCUUACAGAGACUGUGACCCUGACACUGACCCCUGCCCCUGUUAAUGUGAACUCACAGGAGGAAGUUUUAGAAGGAAAUGACACUCUUUCUCCUGAAGCUGUUCAGCUCUUUAGCUCUCUCACCUCUGUCCAGCCCAAGAUCUUUGCACAGUUGCAGGGUGUCCAGCUGCAUCCAGCCAUGUGUCCACCAGAGGGCUCUUUGGGGCAGCAGCCUGUUUCAGUAGCAGAGCCCAUGGACUCCUCAAACCCCUUAAACCCACAUACUCUGUUCCUGAGUCCUUCAUCCUUCCUGCAGUCUAGCUCCUCUGCAGGAGAGGCUACAGCUGGGCCUGGGCCUGGUGCCAUGCUUGAAAUGGGUCAGCUGGUUAACCAUACAGAGGGGGACAUUACACAGAUACUAUUGGAAGAUGGACAGGCAAUUCCAGUGCAAAUAGCGGACCCAUCUAGCAUAGCGCUAAGUGCUUCACUGGAUGGGGCACUGGUGGAAGAAGGCAGGGAGGUGAAACCUGCAGACAUUUCAACAGAGCAAUCCGGAGACCAAGGCUAGGCCAGCCUUGAGACCAGUGAAGACUGGUCAGACUGUUUUUUUUAAUUUUUUUUAUAUUUUUUUUUAAAUUAUUAUUACAGUGAAACUGGUCAAGGAGGAGGACUGAAUAACUGCACUGUAUUACUAUGGAACAUAGCAACCUAUGCAAUGUUUCCAUGUGUUUUUUUAUUAUUAUUUACAUUUGAGUACUGUAUUAAUUUAUUCAAUUUGAGUUUGUUGAAAACCAAAUGUGCAUUAAAUGCAGAAAUUUAUGACUGA